AUGGUAGAUCCAUCAAACACCAGUGACAUUAAUAUGAAUUAUGAGGACCAAAAGCAAAUUAAUCGUUUUAGCUCAUUAUUAAGCCGAAAGGUUGAGUUAAAAUGUGAACUUGAGAAAUUUAAAGAAAAUCUCCAAACACAUUGCGAUGCAUUGGAUGAAAUUGCAUUAUGCAUGGACCCCGAGGGAAUUCUAAUUCGAUUUGGAGAGUCAUAUUACCAUGUUCCUGAGGAAGAAGCCACUGAAAGGAUUGAAGAACUGAAAUCUCAAGUUGAAAGCAAGAUUGAAGAAAUUUCUGGAGAGUUGUCUGGAAUUCAACAAGAAAUGGAUAAAUUAAAGGUCGAUUUAUAUCUUAAAUUCGGGUCAAAUAUUAACCUGGAUGAAUAA